AUGACUGCACCGAUAGAAUAUCAUUCUAGUAAGGCCAAUGUGGUUGCCAAUGCUCUCAGUUGUAGAGUGAUGACUGAAUUACGAAUUCCGGAUAAGCAGUUGAGGGAUGAGUCUCUGGCUUUGCGGUUUCAUCAGAUAAAGAGUGGAAGUACUUCUGAUUUUAGACUAAAUAAGAAUAAAGUUCUGUGUUUUCGAGGUCGGGUUUGUGUACCGAAUGAUUCUGAUUUGAGACAGUCAAUUCUGAUGGAGGCUCGUAGUAGCCCUUAUACUAUGCAUCCCAGUGGUAAUAAAAUGUAUCACGAUCUUCGUGAGUUGUAUUGGUGCUCGGGUUUAAAGCGUGAGGUGGCGGAUUUUGUUGUUCGUUGUUUGAUGUGCCAACAGGUUAAGGCUGAGUACCAGUUGCCUUCAGGAGACGAUAGACUUCGUUAG